CAGAACGAGGCGAGGAUUGACGGCUUUACUGCCCAAUAGCAGCGCCCUCAUGGCGAGGUGGAGGAGGCGGGAGACGCGCUCCAGCGGCGGAGAUGGCGGUGAGGCGGCACCUGCAGCGCUUCUUCGAGGAGCCGCAGCGGUUCUUGGAGGAGCCGCAGAUCCGCGGCACGAUCGUGGUGGAGCGGCCGCUCCCCCCUGAGCCUCCCCCGGCUCCACCUGCUCCGGCUCCGGAGGCGCCGCGGUGUUGCGAGCUGCGGCCGGAGGAUUCCGCCGUGUUCCAGUGCCGCGGGUGCUGGGCCGUGCUGAGCGACUCGCUGCAUCUGUGCGCCAUGGAGGAGCAGCGCCUCGGGCUCCUCGUGUGCCUCAGAGUCACCGGCAACGUGCUGUGCGAGGAGACGCUCUUGGUCGGACUGGAUGGAGCCCUGACGGGAUGUACGUACAACACACUGUCCUGUCGGUCGUGUGGCUCGGCUGUGGGCAUUGUUCUUUAUUCUGCCUUCAGAGAGCUGGCCUAUCUCCGAGGCUUCUUCUGUUUCUUCAAGGACAGCAUCUUCUGUUAUCUCUUAAAAAGCAAAAUGAUAAUCGAAGCUUCUAAGGUGAAAUUUCCUGCUGUGACCUUAAAGGAUCAAAUGGAGAAACUGAAAGAAGACCUUGUGAAUGCACAUGUGCGUGUCGAUUUGCUGAUGAAGAAAGUGGAACAACUGAAACAAAAUAACAUGGCAGAAAACAGAGCUCUGCAUCACAUGCAAUAGUUGAUACUAAGGAAGAACAUGUCAUUUUAAAGAACUGCCGGAGUCAUUUCUGCAGCUCUGCUGAGUUUCAUCAUUUUGAUGAAGUAAGGCACCAGAUGGCUGAUCUGUCAUUUUAUUGCACACAGAAAGAACUGGCAUUUCAGUGCAUCUCUUCAAUCUAAGGGGAACACCUGAAAAUCCAACAUGAACGGCUUACUUGUGCAGCACAUAAUUCUCUAAGUCUGUAUUACUUUGGCUGUGAUUCUCCAUAAUGACUUGAAGAGGACAGAACACUUUUUGCAACAAUAAAAUCAGGCCUAUAGAACCAUACAAAACACACUAUCAUAAUGGUAAUUGAGAGGAAGUGUUGUAAUUUAAAGGUUUCUAAGGAGUUCUAAAGUUUUUGUUCUAUCUUUUCAUACACAUGGAAUAUUCAUGGCAGCUCGCUGUUUGUCAAGUGGUUCAUUAGCUGCAUCUGGUAUAUCAGACUUCUGAAUAGCCUCCCAAUGAAUUCUUUGAAAGAAUCUGCUUGUAAGUGUGGCCUGCAAAAGGAGCAAGUUAGCAUUUCCUAGAAGCUGCACAGUUGUGCUUGGUGAAUCUAUAUGGUGUAAAACUAACGAGCAUGAGGUUAUAGAUUUCACCUUGAGGUACGAUGCUGGCUUCUGCCAAAGUCAUCUGGAAAUGCAGGCCCGUGGCUGCGUGGAUCAAGUUCUGUCUGCUCCAUCAAAUUUAGUCUGAGCAGUUACCUUCAAUAAAUUUGAGCCUUUUUUGAUUAAGACUUCUGGAUUGUCUCAGUCUGUUCUGAUUAAGCAAUAACACAGCCUUAAGAGCUGUUCUGCUGGGAAGGAAGCGGAUCUCUAUUAAAUUCCACAGCUGUGGAUGGUUAUUUUCAAUGGUUAUUAUCUGUGUUUUACAACUUGUUUAAGUGCAGAAAUGUGGUACUUUCCAAUGACAGCUAAAUUUGGGCUAUCAAAACACCUGAAGGAAGCGUUACUCACUCUUAAGAUCUGCUUCAAUGCCUAUAACGAUAGAUGCUUUUUCAGCAUGUGCUCUAGCCUGAACCCUUAACUAGACAGCAGUUGUUUUUAAUAGCUGUCACUUUAUUCUCAUGUAAAGUUUUGAGUUCUAUUUGACUAUUUCAUGAUCAAGAACAAGCAAUUUAUUUUUUUUUAAGACUUCAUUAUUUAAAUUACAUUAAAGGAACUGCUUGUAUUUAACUGGGCUUUUGUCACUAAACACACUGUGCAAACACGCUCCCUAUCAGGUGUUUUCCAUUAUGUAACUUCAUCUCUGCAUUACUUCUAAGUGGCAGUUACUUCUUGUUGCAUCAGUCUCAGAAACAUGGUUGAUAACGAGACCACUCACUUUUGCCCUUCUGUUUUUCACAUUGACUCCUUCCUUGUCACAAAGCUUUACAUUUGUACUGUGUACAAUAGAAACAGCAUUAAGUUCUCUUGCUUCAUUUAGCAAAGAAUCCACCCCCUGAGAGGAAAAGAAAGCAGCUGUUAGUUGCAUUUUUAUAUAUAAUCUUUACAGUUGUAACUAUUCUUUUUAAUAAAAAUGAUGAAAUUCACAAAUAUGCAUUAUACAGACCUUGAGUAGUAUCAUGUGUGUUGUAAGCUCACUUUUAAACUGCAUUUGGCUUAUCUCUUCAACUGGGAAGACUUCAGCUCCACUGAGUCACUGUGUGGUCCUUUGUGUCUGCUCAUCAAAUGAUGGCACUGACUACUGCCCAACAGACCUGCUGGCACUCACAGCAGUACAGUUUUCUAAGUAAAACCUGUUUUAAGAAGCAAACCACCUUAAUUUAAACAAAUAAAACGCAACUGUAUUGUCGGCAUUCUGCAACAAAUAUUUCCUAAGACAGCAAUUUAAACCAAAGGCUCCAGUUUAAGUCAUGUUUGAACUUUUCAGCUUUCAAUUUCACCCUGACCCAGGCUCAAAUUCUGCUGGAAUCUACAGUUAAUGAAUAAAUAUUCAGUUUCCUCAUGUGGAACCAAAUGUCCUCUAGCUAGAUAUCUCGAGAGAUAUGUAGCCAUGGCCAGUCUGGCUCAGGAUUGAUGGACUCUCUCUUUAAACAAACACCUCCUUCAAAAGCAAGUCUCAUGGUCAGGCCACAGAUAGUUUUAGUCUUAAAUGAGCUACUGGCUGUUGUCUUCUCUGGAACCUAAAGAGAAAAGCAAACAGAAAAUGAAAGAAAUAGAGGUGAAGCGGGUUAGUGAAGCAACAAUCAUACAAUUGGUGUUUUAUAAGCUAACCUAAGAGUUAGCAAUCUCUAAGAAGUUCCGGAAGGUUCACAGCAGUGUUGGUAACUGUGGCUUCUUCAACAGAGUCCUCAGGAGGUGGUGUCUUCACUGCUGCAUUACAGAACUUCCCAAAAGAAGCACCUGCCUGAAGAAGCGGUGUAUUGCAACUUGGUUAAUCCUUCUUUUGAACAAACGACACAUCAAGUCUUAGUGCAUUCUCAGCCUGUGCUGCUUUAUUGCUAAAAAAAUUUGUAUACAGGUGCAGAGUUUCCAAGUUCAUUUUUAAACAGUUCCUCUUUACAGCGUCAAAAGAAUAAAAUCUUAUCUCGAAAUCCUCAAAGAUGCAUAGAUAUAAAAGCAAGCUGCCUUUUGGAAAAAAACAUCAGAAUUUGCAGGGAAACAUUCUUUUACUGUUACCAUGUAAAACACGUGCAAUGCGAGUACAUAGAUCCUAGUGAUACCGGUAAUUCUCUCCACUAUCCCCCGUGAGUAAUGCCACCAGGAGUUCAGCAUAAGAAGUCUUCUCUAACCUGGUUUCUAAGUAGUAAGCUAUUCUUAAACAAUCUAUAAUUACUACUUCUCCUUUGCUGUUAGAUUUCACUUCUCAAAAGGAAGGUAUCUUCACUGAAGUCCUAAAGGAGCUCACUCCCCAGGUUUUAUAUUGGAGAGGAUAAGCAUGAAGAAUGGAUUCAAGUGCUUAUUCAUCACACAAGAGAAAACAUACAUAACAGUUUAAAACCACAUGAAAUGUUCUAAAAAAAUACCCAACUCAGCAUUAGGUGGCCACAGUUAAUUGCUGGGCUCAACUUGUUUUACCAGUUCGAGUUUUUCUUGAAGAAGCUGGCUCAAGGGAUUUCAUUUAAUCUAACUUCGGUACAGUAAAAUAAUUAAAUCUUCUCUUAUAAUAUUCCUAUAUUUAUUUGGCAAUUCUUGUAUAUCUAGAAAGCAUUCGUGAGAAAAACAAGGCCCUAUUCUAAACCCAAAUCAAGGAGCUUUAUGGACGGUUGGCUACCCAGCAGGAACAGGAGUUAACUUGACACAAUUCCUUCCUCCGAGACGCCACCUCUUUCUGCUUAAGAAAGAGGACCGAGCCUCUGGACAUGGAGAAGUUUCCUGCACAAGUUAAGCCCACCUGCAAAAUGAAGCUAAGCGAGAAGUAUGGAAUUCUGCGGUAACACGCCAGUAUUCUACUUGAAAACAGGAAAAGUGUUGUUGACAGCGGCUGUGCCACAUCCUAUGUUAUUUUCAAACCGCCAGCGUUACUCACUGAAGGACUUGGGAGAUAUUACAGAAAGCAGAAUAAAAGGUGACAGAAAGAUGGCACCCAAGUUCCCUUUUAUUUAAUAAGUGAAAUAAAGGAAAAAAAGAUUAUAUUGCAACCCUUGUUGCAGAAGAUAAAGACCUUCAGUGAUCAAAUCUCAUUUUCUGUUUUUAAAAAUCUCCUUUUCAAAGAACUUAAAAAAUAUACAAGAUUACCAGUAUUUUCAGGUUCGUUCCUGCAGAUGCCAUUAUUGCUGGCUGGUACCAGUAUGCUUCAGUACAGCUGCCUAUGUGGCUAGAGAGUUACCUGAAAAUACUGUCUAUUAAAAAGCUAUUCAACACCUGAAAUAUAUGUACUGUGCUUAUUAAUUUCAGUCUUCUCCAAAUAAUUUCUCUCACCACAGACAAGCUUAUUACCUACCGUCUGGCAACUACUACACUCAUUUUGAGUCUGUUGUUUCUGCUACUGUUUUUUUUCCUCUUUUUCCACCGGUUGCUCCCCCCUGCACCAUAAGUAAGAAACUCUGCACCCUUUUCUUUGCUACAGCUGCAGCAGGUGAGAAACCUCAUCUCGCCCCUAAACAUGCUUAGUUCAUGCCCUGCUUUUUACAUGCUCAGGGCACUAAUACGAACCAGACAAGAGGUUACAAAGGCGAGUUCCGCUGAUCCUGGUUCCUGAUUUACAGUUUUGGUGCCAUGCUUCUGACCCUAUCUAUACAUUCUGCCCCCUUCUCUACGGAGGCAGCACAUUCUCUAAAAACAAAAACAAAACAAUCCCAAAAUUUGAGAAUCAAAGCAGGAAGUUCAAGCUAUUGGUAUAUAAUUUCCUAUUGCUUCGUUAUGUAUAAAUGCAUAUCUCAAUUUACUGGUAAUAACUACAUUACACUAGACAUUGUGAAUCAUGCAUAAUUAGAAUACUAGCUCUAAGAUUUGGUUUGUGGGCCUGUGCCAUUUUCCUUCAGUUUCUCCACGCAGUUCUUCGUGCCUGAGGCAUCACAAACCAGACGCCUUUGAUUUGACCUGCAAACAUGCUCAUUUGGAGGGGAAGAGGAGAGAAGCAGACGAGACUUACACGGGACACACUGAACAGUAAGUUACCUUUUAUCUUUAACCUCAGAUGUUGUGAAGCCGUGGGAAAUCUGCCUACAUUACAACCUGGUACGUAGGCUCAGAGACAGAAACAUACUCCUUGCUUAUGUCAAGUACACCCACACUUUCUCGAAACUCAGGAGAAAGUGCAGAGCAGAAUGAAAGGGAACAAAUUACGGUAGUGUUCUGCACUGCUAAACGAGACACCCUGGUUUGACUGCUGGCUUUUGUGUGCCAAUCAAAGUGCUAUAGGGGCAACAUGCUGGAUUGUUCAGUAAAAGAAAAGCAAUGGAAUCUAACCUGAACUGCCAUUAUGCAGCUCUGUACCUGAACAGCAAGCUGGAUUAACCUCUGAAGGAAGACCAGACUCCUUACUAGAGAAGCAGUCAGAAUUUCUAAGACUGGUUAUCCAUCAAGUAGCCUUUGCAAGCCUGUUAUUUUCGUCCCACAUGACGCUCAGGUGCAGCAGUUGCAAUCUGUCAAGUUGCAUCUCCCACCACACGUACUGCCUAGACCUACUGCAGCAGCACCACUGGGUACGCAAUGGUAUUUACAUGUCACCUCUGGGGUUACUACUGCUGAACGGCUGGUCUCAGUAAUGAUGUCAGUGGUGGUCACCACACUUGAAAUGCCACAAUGCUGUAGCGUACAACAUUGCUACAUAGUUUUAGAAGCAGUAAAACUCAGGAGUUUAGUUUGGAACAAAUAUCAUGCCAUAACACAACAACUGAAAAGCAAAGGCAUUUCCUUUGUGGCUGUGAAGACUGAUUUCUGGGAUAUUAUAUACUGAAGUCUGAACUAAGAAGAACAUGCAGAUAGCUUGCCUAGAUACAAGUCUUGAUUUCCUCCCCUUCUCUCAAUUAAUGAGACCCUGAAAAUUUCUGUUCUGUCACAAAGUUCACGUUUCUGAAGUCCAAACAUGACCAUGUUUUCAUUAUUAAUUCAUUAUCACGUAAUUGUAUUUGCCAAUCACAAGAAAUGUGUAAUUUAUUUAAUGUAGCUGGAUCACAAAGCUUCCAAUUUUAUCAAUAAUUCAAUAGCUGGAAUUUAAGCUGACUGUAACUUCCCAGAUCAGUUAGCUUUUCAUACACAUUACAUAUGAACCAAUUUAUGCUUAUCUCGGUUACUUCAUACCAUGAAAAACACUCACAGCCCUUAAUAAUCCCGCUGUCAACUUAUGAAGAGCCAAAAGGCUUCACCCUGUCUCACCUCAAAACAUUCAAAGCCUCCCUUCAGCUGGAAAUUGCAUUCCAAAUUACUCCAGCUUUCUAGAAGAAAUCUAGCCAGAUAGAUCUAAGCUUCUGACGCAAUAAUUCUGUUCAGAAUACAGUGCCAUCUGUGGACCACGCAGUCUCCACAGACUUCUGUAUCUGCACUGAAAUCAGAGUCAGCUAUGGAUGCUUUUGAACUCCUGCGGCUCUUUUAUGUAACCCUUUGACAGCAAAUGCUUUGCUGGGUGCAGAGGCUACAGCUGUAGAUCAAUAUCCCUUUCUGUAACCAGAGGCUUCAUGGUGCUUGCCUCGGUAAGACUUCAAGCACUAACAGAAAUCAAUGGUCUGAAACAGAAUGUUUAGCGAGUCUAAAAUUAUUUUUGCUUUAAAGUACCAUUUUUAGAAUCCUAAAAAUCUCCUUUGGGUUGUACGAAUACUCUCCAUUUUAUUUUACUUUUUAAGACUGGUCAUUCAUCCAUAUCAAGAUUUGUCUUUUUAAACGAAGAAGUACCUACAGUAAAGCUGUAAUUUCAGAAACAGUUUCUUUCCACGGUCCAAUAUUUGGAAGGAUCUAAUUUCCCUUCAGAGGGGCAGAGCAAGCACUAAACUAUGAAAAAGAAAUGGGGAAACUUCAGCUACCUGAAGGGAUAUUUCAGAAAGAACUGCCUGCCCUUCCCCAGCACUCACUGACAGUGCUUCAGAUACAUGAUACAGCUCAACAGUAGCAUAAGGUUAAUUAAGUAUUCAAGUGCCAAAUUCCCUCCGAUGAGAGGAACACUAAGAGGAAUUCACCCAUCUUAGGAAAAGAGACUUUCACCCAACUCCCUGCAGCACAGAGCGCCACAAACUUAUUUGGUUAUUACCCACCUACUCUACUGUACAGCCUUGCUAACGCAAGUUAUUUACUAUCACAUGCAAAACAGUUAUUGCUACUAAAGUUCUAUUUUCUUAUUAAAUCAUCUUAUGGCUUUGUUUGCAUCAGGGAUUCUUCCCCCUACAUACUGUGCUAUUUUGCAUUCCAGUUUCAGAGGUAUUUUUCAAAUCGAUUCUCCCGAGCACUAAACUACUUUAGUAUGGUACAGCUACUUCUGUUCAGAACUGAACCUAAAUGAGCACAAGUCCCCCAGAGCUCUGCUGUAAAUGGCCCCCCACUCAGUUUUCUUGGCAAUGCAUUAGAUGCAGAGAGGCGGGGGGGGGGGGACGCUGUUAUCUACACUAACUCUGCAAGGAUUACUGGUUUUGCACCAAAGAACAUGCUACUUGAUUAAUGACUUUAGAGAUAUACCCUAUUAAAAUUACAAAACCGAGCCACCCAUUCCACCCCUCCUCCUAAUGGCCAUUUACAGGCAGGUCUCAGGAAAAAUAAGAUGCAGUAUCCUCUCUAAACCAACAAGAGAAUUUUGUUCUUAUAAAGGGGGAAAUGUGUGAAGAGCAACACUGGCACCAAAUAAAGAGAGUUUUUUCCUAGGAAAUCAGAGGAUGCCAUCCACAGAGCACUACGCACCUCAGGAAUCAUACCACUCUCUUAUUUGACCAGCCCAAGCUGCCCACUGAGUGCUAACUCAUUUCAACUUCCCCUGGUCUAAGUUUUCCUUCUGAAAAAAGCAGAGGAGUGACAUAAGUUAUUAAAAUCAAGAUUAGAGCUGGAAAGCAACGCUGGAAGUUACCCAAAAUACAAGAUACUGAAUCCUCAAUAGUACAGAGGUGGAGAAUCUAUGAUCCAUACGCUAGAUAUUGCCUGCUGAACAGAUACAGGCUGCAGUGUUGUUCCUCAACAGCCCUUAACCUUAUUACAUUCUCUCUUAUUAAGAUGUGUGUAAAUGCAGGAUCCACCAAAGGUGUUAAAAGAGUCAAAAGGACUUCAGGG